AUGACGACCCUCGAUCCCACCCGCGUGAUCGACGAGGGCGAGUACUACGGCUGGUACAAACACGACUAUCAGUGGAGCCAGGGUGAGCUCGUCAUCCUGCGCAAGCUAGACGGGAACGGCGACCAGAUGCAGCUCAACAUCUGGUGCACGACAGGCACCGUUGGCUCGUACCUCAACCAUCCGCGCCGUGGCAAGUCGCAGCUGUUCCGGCGCGACAUCGACGAUUACCGCGAGCUGCGCGAGGUGCUGGAUAACCCUCGCGUCCACGGGUACGGUGGGUACUACGAGAGACGCGCACCGGCGCAGGCGCCGCCCGCGCGCGCUGAGCGGACAGUUCCGUGUCCCGCGUGCGGCCGGAAGUACCGCAGCAUGGCGGACACCGCCCAGCACUUCGAGUCGGGCUCCUGUCCGCACUGUCCCGGCGCCGACGACGCGCGGCGCAUGGCCUAUGGCUACGCUCGGCAGAUGGAGGCGGGCUCGGGCAUGCGCUUCACCACGGGGCAGAAGCUGCUCACCUUCGACGGAGACGGCUCGCAGGAGUGGUCGUCCGGCUACACUGAGGGCGGCGACAAUUACUCGUGCCCAGCGUGCGGCAAGCAGUUCCGCGCUCUCCACAGCCUGCUCUCACAUACCCAAUCGCGGCCGCAGUGCCAGGGGAGCAACGCGGGGCUGCUCACCUUUCGCUGA